AUGCCUCCCAAGAAAAACAAGAAGCGGGGAACUGAAGCUUCAGAAGCCACAGAUGCAUCGGGUACCGAGCGAGCGACCGACGCUGAAACCGGGGACGAAGAAGCCGAGGAUGGCUCGGAAUACGAAGAAAUCGACGGGCCCGAAGAGGGUAACAGCGAAUACGACGACGUUGACGACGAAGAUGUAGCCGAGGCUGAAAACGACACGACAAAAAAGAAUUCAGCGACAACCAAGUCGUCUCGGUUCACAAAUGAAGAUGAAAUUGACGAAGAUCCGAUGAAACACGACGGACAGGUUAGAGGUGUUGAUGUCGGCGGUGUGAACGAUUCGGCUAAAACACCUUACACCUACUUCAAAAACCGCAAAGAGUCUGAUCCUCCAGAUGGCGGCCCAGCGACCCAUCCAUACGGCUCAGUGGAUCCAUAUGCCGAAAAUUCAAAAAAAGAUUCAGCGACGGAGAAAUCUGGAACAGCCAAGAGUAACGGUUCAUGGAAGUCGAAAACUUAUAAUUCAGAUCGGUCUGGUAGUAGUGAAUCCAAAGGUUUUACCUACAGAACUCCGCCAACGAAUACGGUUCCGCCUAGUACUACGAAUCCAACUGAAGCACCAAUGGCUGAAGAAGAAUCAUGGAAACCUCCGAGCCAGUAUGGAAGUCAAGUACCCACGGAACCUCCUGGAACUAAAUCAGGAUCCCAGAACCAGUAUGGAAGUCAAGUACCCACGAAACCUCCGGGAAGUAAAUCAGCAUCACAGAACCAGUAUGGAAGUCAAGUACCCACACAAUCUCCGGGAAGUAAAUCAGGAUCCCAAAACGAGUAUGGAAGUCAAGUUCCCACGGAACCGCCGGGAACUAAAUCAGGAUCCCAGAACCAGUAUGGAAGUCAAGUACCCACGGAGCCUCCGGGAACUAAAUCAGGAUCCCAGAACCAGUAUGGAAGUCAAGUACCCACGGAACCUCCUGGAACUAAAUCAGGAUCCCAGAACCAGUAUGGAAGUCAAGUACCCACGGAACCUCCGGGAAGUAAAUCAGGAUCCCAAAACCAGUAUGGAAGUCAAGCACCCACGGAACCUCCAGGAACUAAAUCAGGGUCCCAGAACCAGUAUGGAAGCCAAAUACCCACGGAACCACCAGGAACCAAAUAUGGGUCUCAGUUUCAAGGGUCUCAAGUGGCUAGUCAGCAAUUGGGCAAUGAAGGAGGAUCUCAAGAGUACCAAAAAGGAAGUCAGGUUCAAACUGAAACCCCGAGAACCCAAGACGGCUCCCAAUACAAGGGAUCGGGGAGCCAGAUUCCCACAGAAGUCAAGGGGAGCAAAUCAACACCUUCAAAGAAUAACAGUCAGUCUUCGGGUACAGAACGCGAAGAUUAUUACAAAACAACACAUACCGAACCUGAAAAACCAGCCGACACAGACUCCUCUGCCUACACAUACAUGUACACAUACCAAAACCCAGAUGAAAUUAGAAACAAAAAACUGAGUACAAUCGACGCUGGCUCAACUUACGCAUCUGCCACAAACGCAGAAACGAAUCACAAUGAGUCACGAAAAGCGUCAGAAGCAGAACAACAAACAGGCGCCAGUGGCGCUGAUCGAUACGGGUCGAAGGCUGAGGAAACUGCUGCAGAUGGAACAGCUCCCUAUGGGUCGGCAGCAGAGGGAAUAGCAGCUGAGGGCACUGUUGCAGAUGGAACAGCUCCCUAUGGGUCGGCAGCCGAGGGAACAGCGGCUGAGGGCACUGCUGCAGAUGGAGCAGCUCCCUAUGGGUCGGUUGCUGAGGGAACAGCAGCUGAGGGCACUGCUGCAGAUGGAACAGCUCCCUAUGGGUCGGCAGCUGAGGGGACAGCGGCUGAGGGCACUGCUGCAGAUGGAACAGCUCCCUAUGGAUCGGUUGCUGAGGGAACAGCGGCUGAGGGCACUGCUGCAGAUGGAACAGCUCCCUAUGGGUCGGCAGCUGAGGGAACAGCGGCUGAGGGCACUGCUGCAGAUGGAACAGCUCUCAAUGGGUCAGUUGCUGAGGGAACAGCAGCUGAGGGCACUGCUGCAGAUGGAACAGCUCCAUAUGGGUCGGCAGCUGAGGAAGCAGCGGCUGGGGGCACUGCUGCAGAGGGAACAGCUCCCUAUGAGUCGGCAGCUGAGAGAACAGCGGCUGAGGGCACUGCUGCAGAGGGAACAGCUCUCUAUGGGUCAGCAGCUGAGGGAACAGCAGCUGAGGGCACUGUUGCAGAUGGAACAGCUCCUUAUGGAUCGGCAGCUGAGGGCACUGCUGCAGAUGGAACAGCUCCCUAUGGGUCGGCAGCUGAGGGAACAGCGGCUGAGGGCACUGCUGCAGACGGAACAGCUCCCUAUGGAUCGGUUGCUGAGGGAACAGCGGCUGAGGGCACUGCUGCAGAUGGAACAGCUCCCUAUGGAUCGGCAGCUGAGGGAACAGCAGCUGAGGACACUGCUGCGGAUGAAACAGCUCCCUAUGGGUCAGCAGCUGAGGGAAAAGCAGCUGAGGGCACUGCUGCAGAUGGAAUAGCUCCUUAUGGGUCGGCAGCUGAGGGCACUGCUGCAGAGGGAACAGCUCCCUAUGAGUCGGCAGCUGAGAGAACAGCGGCUGAGGGCACUGCUGCAGAGGGAACAGCUCUCUAUGGGUCAGCAGCUGAGGGAACAGCAGCUGAGGGCACUGCUGCAGAUGGAACAGCUCCUUAUGGAUCGGCAGCUGAGGGCACUGCUGCAGAUGGAACAGCUCCCUAUGGGUCGGCAGCUGAGGGAACAGCGGCUGAGGGCACUGCUGCAGACGGAACAGCUCCCUAUGGAUCGGUUGCUGAGGGAACAGCGGCUGAGGGCACUGCUGCAGAUGAAACAGCUCCCUAUGGGUCGGCAGCUGAAGGAACAGCAGCUGAGGGCACUGCUGCAGAUGUAACAGCUCCCUAUGGGUCGGCAGCUGAGGGAACAGAAGCUCAGGGCACAGCUGCAGAGGAAACAGCUCCCUAUGGGUCGGCAGCUGGGGGAACAGCAGCUGAGGGCACUGCUGCAGAGGGAACAGCUCCCUAUGGGUCGGCAGCCGAGGGAACAGCAGCUGAUGGCACUGCUGCAGAUGAAACAGCUCCUUAUGGGUCGGCAGCUGAGGGCACUGCUGCAGAUGAAACAGCUCCCUAUGGGUCGGCAGCUGAGGGAACAGCAGCUGUGGGCACUGCUGCAGAUGAAACAGCUCCCUAUGGGUCGGCUGCUGAAGGAAAAGCAGCUGAGGGCACUGCUGCAGAUGGAACAGCUCCUUAUGGGUCGGCAGCUGAGGGCAAUGCUGCAGAUGGAACAGCUCCCUAUGGGUCGGCAGCUGAGGGAACAGCGGCUGAGGGCACUGCUGCAGACGGAACAGCUCCCUAUGGAUCGGUUGCUGAGGGAACAGCGGCUGAGGGCACUGCUGCAGAUGAAACAGCUCCCUAUGGGUCGGCAGCUGAAGGAACAGCAGCUGAGGGCACUGCUGCAGAUGUAACAGCUCCCUAUGGGUCGGCAGCUGAGGGAACAGAAGCUCAGGGCACUGCUGCAGAGGAAACAGCUCCCUAUGGGUCGGCAGCUGGGGGAACAGCAGCUGAGGGCACUGCUGCAGAGGGAACAGCUCCCUAUGGGUCGGCAGCCGAGGGAACAGCAGCUGAUGGCACUGCUGCAGAUGAAACAGCUCCUUAUGGGUCGGCAGCUGAGGGCACUGCUGCAGAUGAAACAGCUCCCUAUGGGUCGGCAGCUGAGGGAACAGCAGCUGUGGGCACUGCUGCAGAUGAAACAGCUCCCUAUGGGUCGGCUGCUGAAGGAAAAGCAGCUGAGGGCACUGCUGCAGAUGGAACAGCUCCUUAUGGGUCGGCAGCUGAGGGCAAUGCUGCAGAUGGAACAGCUCCCUAUGGAUCGGCAGCUGAGGGAACAGCAGCUGAAGGCACUGCUGCAGAUGAAACAGCUCCCUAUGGGUCCGCAGCUGAGGGAACAGCUGCUGAGGGCACUGCUGCAGAUGGAUCAGCUCCCUAUGAGUCGGCAAUUGAAAGAACAGCAGCUGAAGGCACUGCUGCAGAUGGAACAGCUCCUUAUGGUUCGGCAGCUGAGGCCACUGCUGCUAAUGGAACAGCCCCCUAUGGGUCGGCAGCUGAGGGCACUGCUGCAGAUGGAACAGCUUUCUAUGGGUCGGCAGCUGAGGGAACAGCAGCUGAGGGCAAUGCUGCAGAUGGAACAGCUCCCUAUGGGUCGGGAGCUGAGGGAACAGCAGCUGAGGUCACUGCUGCAGAUGGAACAGCUCCAUAUGGGUCGGCUGCUGAGGGAACAGCAGCUGAGGACACUGGUGCAGAUGGAACAGCUCCCUAUGGGUCGGCAGCUGAGGGAACAGCAGCUGAGGGCACUGCUGCAGAUGAAACAGCUCCCUAUGGGUCGGCAGCUGAGGGAACAGCAGCUGAGGGCACUGCUGCAAAUGGAACAGCUCCCUAUGGGUCGGCAGCUGAGGGAACAGCAGCUGAGGGCACUGCUGCAGAUGGAACAGCUCCCUAUGGGUCGGCUGCUGAGGGAACAGCAGCUGAGGGCACUGGUGCAGAUGCAACAACUCCCUAUGGGUCAGCAGCUGAGGGAACAGCAGCUGAGGGCACUGCUGCAGAUGGAACAGCUCCCUAUGGGUCGGUUGCUGAGGGAACAGCAGCUGAGGGCACUGCUGCAGAUGGAACAGCUCCCUAUGGGUCGGCUGCUGAGGGAACAGCAGCUGAGGACAUUGCUGCAGAUGGAACAGCUCCCUAUGGGUCAGCUGCUGGGGAAACAGCAGCUGAGGGCACUGCUGCAAAUGGCAUAGCUCCCUAUGGGUCAGCAGCUGAGGGAACAGCAUAUGAGGGAACUGCUGCAGAUGUAUCAGCUCCCUAUGGGUCGGAUGCUGAGGGAACAGCAGCUGAGGGCACUCCUGCAGAUGGAACAGCUCCCUCUGGGUCGGCUGCAGAGAGAACAGCAGCUGAGGGCACUGCUGCAGAUGGAACAGCUCCCUAUGGGUCGGCUGCCGAGGGAACAGCAGCUGAGGGCACUGCUGCAGAUGGAACAGCUCCCUAUGGGUCAGCUGCUGAGGGAACAGCAGCUGAGGACACUGCUGCAGAUGGAACAGCUCCCUAUGGGUCGGCUGCUGAGGGAACAGCAGUUGAGGGCACUGCUGCAGAUGGCAUAGCUCCCUAUGGGUCAGAAGCUGAGGGAACAGCAGCUGAGAGAACUGCUGCAGAUGGAUCAGCUCCCUAUAGGUCGGCCGCUGAGGGAAAAGCGGCUGAGGGCACUGCUGCAGAUGGAACAGCUCCCUAUGGGUCGGCUGCAGAGAGAACAGCAGCUGAGGGCACUGCUGCAGAUGGAACAGCUCCAUAUGGGUCGGCUGCUGAGGGCAUUGCUGCAGAUGGAACAGCUCCCUAUGGAUCGGCCGCUGGAGGUACUGCACUUGAAAGAAGUUCUGCUGUAACUGAAUCAAAGAAACACUCAUCAAAAUCGAAAGGCGGGUCUGAUCCGAGUAAAUCACUUGGUGUUCCUAGUCAAGACUCUACAGCUCAGGUUAAAUCAGAUCCUCAUAGUCAGGGGACUAAUAGGUCAACCCAUUACGGACCGUUAUCAAAUAAAUCUGGAACUGUUCCUAGUAGUGCAAAAGAGUCAAUGCACCCUGCUCAAGAGCAUUUCAGAGACACGCCUCCAACACAAGGAGGAUACGGAUCUGUUCGUCCCAGCAAACAAGAGACAGCACCUCCCGAUAAAUCAACGGGUGAUCCAGAACCAGGAGAUCCUAAGGAUCCCUCGAAGGGAACGCCAAGUCAGCGAACAUCGCAAGUUCAAGAACCAGGUGAUCCGAAUGAUCCCUCGAAGGGAACGCCAAGUCAGCGACCAUCUCAAGUUCCACAACCAGGAGAUCCUGAUGAUCCCGCGAGUCAACGACCAUCACAGGGACCCGAACCCCAAGGUAGCCAUUCGGAUUACCAGACAACCCCUCAAAGAACUUCCGUUGUCAGCCAACCGUCACCUCGUAUGGCACCAAAUGCGGAAAAUGAAAAAGAUGGAAAAGAGGUUGAAGGCGAUGACAACGAUGAUGAUGACAAUCUCUCUGAAAAGAGAGAUUCACUGGGAACAGCCGAGGUAAAACCCCGUGGUUCUGUGACAUCGUCUAGACGUCGCAAAAGUGGAGCUACUUCAAAGCGAAGCAAAAAAACCGGAUCUACAGGUCCCAAAUAUGGAAUUUUGGAGUACAGUCUGUCUGAACCAGAUGAUAGCGAGUAUUAUGGAGAUUCUGAAAUGCGCACUAUGGCUAAAAACGACUCAAUGGCAUCAGCUGAAGACUUAUCUGGCUUAGAAAAACGACCUGGCUAUGAAGGUGAAAACAAACCCCCCACUGAGCCUGCAGAACCGACUGGGGAACCUGGGCCGGAUGACCCUAUAUCCGAGAAGGCCCAGAGUUUUGAUGAUACAGUAAGAGAUGCAGGAGCAGAACCUACAGGAAAUGCAUCAGCUAGCAAACGGCAAUCUGGACCAAGUGAAAGCCAGGGAGCACACAGCGAGCAUUUCAAAUCGGUUGAAGGCGAGGACCAAGGUGCACUUCCUGAAGGAACCGAGGUGGAGACGAUAAAGCAUUCUGAGCCUGAUGAUCCCGCCGCCGCAACGGCUGGUGGAAGAUCUGGCCGACCCUCAAAUGCUGCUUCUGAUACCUUCAAAGCGGAAAGUAGCAAUAAUCUUAGCGAGUCAGGAGAAAGAGAAGGCAACGCUAUGGGACGGCGGACUGGUGCUAGCACAACAUUUACUGAACCGGUGUCUAGGAACCAAGAUCAAGGAGGCGGCCCAGCUAGUGGCAGACAUUCAGAUAAUUUUCGACCAAUGGAGUCUGAAGAUCACGAGGGUUUACCAGAAGGAAAUGACAUGCCUCCGGAAGACAACGAGUAUCGAAAUAAUGCUGAUGUGCAACCGGAUACGACCAGAGCGAGCCAAAUUUCCGGCGAUCGUCUUGGCACUGGAAAACCCGAGACAAACCGUGGAAGUGCAGCUCAGCCAGUUCCACGUAAUGCAGCUAGUACUGCUUUCACGGAGCCUGUAUCGCGGGCACCUGAUAGUGGGGGAUCAGCUCAAGGAACUCAUUCUGAUCAUUUCCGGCCGGUAGAGUCUCGAAAUCACCAAGAGUUACCAGAGGGUGAUGACAUGCCAUCCGAAGAUCCGAACUACCAUGGCAACGCUGGCAGACCCUCAAGAGGUGAGGAUGGAACUAUUCAGCCCAAUGAAGGUGAGAAUCUUGGAGCUACCAAUCAAGACGGUGCGGGAGCUUCAGCGCGAGGUGGAGCUAGCACAACCUUCACAGAACCAGUGUCACGUGAAAAUGACAACAACGCAUCUGCCCGUGGAACCCACUCUGAUCAUUUCAAACCCGUGGAGUCUCGGCAUCAUCAAGAGCUUCCCGAAGGAGACGACAUGCCUACGCAUGAUCCUGAGUACCGAAACAACCAAGAUGUGAAGCCCGACCCAACAAGGGCAAGUCAGGUUACACCUGACCGACCGGGCAGUACGAAACCAAACUCAGCUGCAAAUGGUAAUCCCAGAGACAGCAGAAGAAGCCAACCGAAGCCUUCGGCUAGAAAUGCAGCCAGCACAGCAUUUACAGAACCAGUCUCAAGAAACCGCAAUAGCGGAGGAACCGGUCAAGGAACCCAUUCGGAUCAUUUUCGCCCUGUGGAAGCUAAACACCACCAGGACUUACCAGAAGGUAUGAUAAAUUACAUCGCAAACAAAUAG